AUGAAUGAUCACUUAGCAAUGGCAUCAAUGGCGACAAAGGGUGCUACGGGAUUAUAUUUGCCGGGGAAUUUGCUCCACAAGGGAGAGAAAAAGAAUAAUGUGACAAUAUUGGCCAUGACCAAGGCAGGAUUUUCUUGUUCUUGGCACAUGAUCACACCGAAAAAACGAAGCUUUUACGCAAUGGCAAGUGCCGGUAUUCCUCCAAGCUUGGACAUGAAAAAUGGGAAAAAGGUGAAUGGGAUUCAUGUAAAGGAGACUCCACCUCCUUACAUCGGCACUACAAAUCCCAGUGUGUUGGCAAUCGAUAGCAGUGUUAUUGAACCUCACAUAUAUUUGCUUGGGAGAUUUGUGGAGGAUAGGUUAGUUUAUAGGCAGACGUUCAGUAUCAGGUCUUAUGAAAUUGGACCUGACAAAACUGCCACCAUGGAAACAUUGAUGAAUCUCCUUCAGGAAACUGCGCUAAACCAUGUGACAAGCUCUGGACUGGCUGGAGAUGGCUUUGGUGCUACCCGAGAGAUGAGCCUCAGGAAACUUAUUUGGGUGGUCACUCGCAUUCAUGUUCAAGUACAGCGUUACAGCUGCUGGGGAGACGUUGUUGAGAUCGAUACAUGGGUUGAUGCAACCGGGAAGAAUGGUAUGCGCAGGGACUGGAUAAUUCGAGACUACAACACCCAAGAGAUAAUAACGAGAGCAACAAGCACAUGGGUGAUUAUGAAUAGAGAAACAAGAAAGCUAUCCAAAAUCCCAGAUGAAGUCAGGGAAGAAUUGGCACCAUUCUACAUAAACAGGCUUGCAAUUCCUGCUGAACACAAUGAUGUUGAAAAAAUUGAUAAGCUGACUGUUGAAACAGCAGGGAGAAUUCAAUCCGGCUUAGCUCCAAGAUGGAGUGACAUGGAUGCCAAUCAACAUGUAAACAAUGUCAAAUACAUUGGAUGGAUAUUGGAGAGUGUGCCAAUGCAUGUCCUUGAACAUUACAAUCUGACAAGCAUGACUCUUGAGUAUCGACGAGAAUGUCGACAAUCAAAUCUGCUUGAAUCCUUAACAAGCACUAGCGCAGAUUCAAACAGCAAUUCCAGUAAUCGCAAAGCAGACAUAGAAUACACACAUACGCUGCGUAUGCAAGAUGACAAGGCAGAAAUAGUUCGUGCAAGGACAGAAUGGAAAUCCAAAUUAAAGCACAAGUGA